CGAACGAGAAGCGGUAUAACUUAUCGGCCAGGAAAAAAGCGGCGACAAUGACGGCACUACUCACGGGACGAAGCGACGUAUCCACGUGACGUUCGGAUUUAAAAAUCCAAGAUAUUUGUCCAGCGUACAGAAGAACUUUCCCGACGGUACGAACGUGCAAAUUACCAAAGAUACCAAAGAAACGAUCCGACGUUGCAUCGACGUGGACGAGAAAGGCACAGAAAUAUUUCAGAUGGGCGAAAUCCCAAAUUAUUGCCGUAAAAAGAAGAAGGAAACCUCCUCAAUGUUGCUGGCAGCUCGCUCCUGUUCGUCUUACGGGCAGGCAAUGAAAUUAAUCGAGAACCUAAACUUGGCGUAUUACGUUCAGAAUCUGAAGAAAUUAGCGGCAUAUUUCAACGGUCAUUCUUGCGAAUCCGACCGCGCCCUGUACGAAGCGAAAGAUUUCGCUGAACCGUUGUUCAAUUUACCGGACCACAAAACUACGAUAUUCGUCGGCCCGACGAGAAUCGGUAAGACGCAAUUCGCGCUUGCACAUUUCGCCAAUCUAAUCAUCAUACGCGGCAAACAGGAUUGGCUGAGAUUCAACCCGGACAAAACCGACGGUAUCGUUCUCGACAAUAUAUAGCUUUCCGCAAAUGGCUGCCGGAAACACUUCUCCAUACAAUGGAGUGCAAGACGGCCACUACGCAGGAUGUAAAGUACUCAUUCGUCAGAAUACCCGCAAGAACAAAAAAAAUCGUUUGCAU